GCGAUGAUGCAUUGCAUCAAGCGAUAAGCAAAGAUGGCGGCAUUUCCGACACGGUAGUUUCUGCAAACAAUUGUACAUUGUUCUUUAGUGCAAAUAUAUAUCUUUUUUCUAAAUAUUAUUUCUAUUGACCAAAUAACUCUCGUUUAGGGCAGCAGCACUGGUUGUUAUCGCGGGUUGUUACAGAGUAUCGUGGUGUUAGUCAGCUGGUUUAUCUCGCGACAGUUAGCUGUCAGUGAUAACGGACAGUAGACGGGAGUGACAGCAGUUGGCAAACUUUAAUAUUUAGACCAGCUCAGACAUGAAGGACGCUUUGUCCCUGGUCCAGAGACUGAGUGCACACCCGGACUCCCGGUGCUGGUUCGUCAGCUGGAACCCGACCGGGACGCUGCUGGCUUCAUGCGGCGGCGACAAGGCCGUCCGGAUAUGGGGACAAGAAGGUGACUCUUGGGUGUGCAAGACUGUGCUUCAGGAUGGACACCAGCGCACUGUGAGGAAAGUGGCCUGGUCUCCGUGUGGGAAUUAUCUGGCCUCUGCCAGCUUUGAUGCAACCACAUGCAUCUGGAAAAAGAAGGAAAAUGAUUUUGAGAGUAUCACUGUGCUGGAGGGACAUGAAAAUGAGGUCAAGUGUGUGGCUUGGGCACCUUCGGGGAAUCUGCUGGCAACAUGUAGCCGAGACAAGAGUGUGUGGGUGUGGGAAGUGGACGAAGAAGAUGAGUAUGAGUGUGUUACUGUCGUUAACUCUCACACACAAGACGUCAAGCAUGUUGUGUGGCACCCAACCCAGGAGCUCCUCGCUUCCGCCAGCUACGACAACAACAUCUGUAUUUACAAGGAAGACGAUGAUGACUGGGAGUGCCGGGACACCUUGAAAGGUCACACAUCCACAGUCUGGAGUUUGGCUUUUGAUGCAGCUGGACAGAGGCUGGCGUCCUGCAGCGACGACCGUACUGUGAAGAUUUGGAAGGAGACUCCAAAUGAAAGUGGACAGGCAGGAGACUUAUCAUGGAAGUGUGUCUGUACUCUGUCUGGGUACCAUGGACGAACAAUUUAUGAUAUUGACUGGUGUCGGCAGACUGGCGCCCUGGCAACUGCUUGUGGUGAUGAUGCAGUACGAGUGUUUAAGGAGGAUGAGACGGCUGAUCCGGACCAGCCGGUGUUCUCACUGGCUGCUCAGGUGACCAAAGCCCACAGCCAGGACGUCAACUGUGUCUCCUGGAACCCUAAAGAGGCAGGGCUCCUGGCUGCCUGCAGCGAUGACGGAGAGAUCACCAUCUGGAGGUUCCAAGAGGAAGACUGAUCGCUGAUCAUCCUAAGUGACCUUUUACUGAACAGAAAGUUAUUGCUAGCUACCCUGGGAACUGUGGUCCUGAGGUCACCACAUUUAAUAUUGUUGAUUCAACUUUUACAGCUUACGACAGUCUGACAGGAUUUAACUUGAUGUUACAGUGUACGAACAUGUCACCUCUCAUGUUGUUUCUAAACUGAUCAGAAUGCUUUAGCGCAUCUUUUGCUUUGUGAGUCUAAAUAUUUCUGUGUAACAGCUUAAUUAAGAAUUUAUUGAUUUUUAUAUGAAUGAAUAAAUAAAUAAAUAUUAAAAACAAUAUAAAAACAA